CUAACCAAAGAAACGCGUGAUUUGUUUUGCGGAGUCUAUUGUGCGACGUUCCGCGGCCAUGGACCAGAUACAGCAGUAUGUAAAGCCUCUGAAGGACUUUGCAAAAGACUCAAUGAGACUCGUGAAACGCUGCACCAAGCCUGACAUGAAAGAGUUUCAGCGUAUUGCCACGGCCACGGCAAUCGGGUUUGCCGUGAUGGGGUUCAUCGGGUUCUUCGUCAAGCUCAUCCACAUCCCAAUCAAUAACCUCAUUGUCGGAUCAUGAACGGACCUACUGCGACCGUUGAUACAUCCGCCCACCCCUUUAAUAAAAAUCAAUUCUGUACAAAUGUAAAUAAUUAUGGUGAUAUUGAAAAAAUUCUUUCAUUCACUCUCUGCCCCUUCAAUGAUUAGUUCCUUCUCACUCCCCUCAUCCUCCUCCUCUUCUGCCCCCUCGUCAGCGAAGAUAAUGUGGGUCGAGGUCUUUGCAGUAGCGGUAGUGUCACAUAGUCUGCGGUAACCAGUGAACUGGUAGUCUAGACCCAACUCUGCCAGCCUCUUCCUCUUCCGUUGCUCUCGGGAUAACAGACGCGUCACCCUCUUCUGCACUUCCGACACCGUUCGAGGCUAGAGGGGGAGAGGGGGACACUAAGAUACAACUAACAUCUGGCCUCAGGUAGUACAAUUGGUACAUCAUUCUCUCAACGUACUCUGUUGUGAGUUCUCUGUGCCUCUCUCAGAGUUUUUUCUCUUGAUGCUACUCUUCUGUCGGGCGUCAACAUCCUUUUCCCCACCUUCUCCGUUCCACACGUGACUCUACAGAGAGCAUCACAAUUACAGAUUGUUAAAAAUGCAAGAAAUUUCCUGCCCUACAAGUGGUUUUUCCUUACAUUUGAGCAGUUUGUUGCACAUGAGGUAGUUGUUC